UCCUAAUGGUAUGUGACAUCACAAAGAAACUCAUCCCCUCCUGUUUUUCUCCCUAAACCAGCUCUGUGACUCUAGCCCCGCCCUGCUACCUGUCUUCCUUUAAUUCCGACAACACCAUUGGUCCAUCUCAUAUGAGCCACCACUCUCUGACUAACACCCUGGACAGUCUCAUACCUCUGUCUUAUACCUCAUAUCUGUGUGUCUCUGCUCUGUAGCUACAUAUCUCUCUGUGUCGGUGUGUCUGCUCUGUAGCUACAUAUCUCUCUGUGUGUCUGCUCUGUAGCUACAUAUCUCUCUGUGUGUACAGCAAUCUUUCUGAUUCUACCCAUUUCUGUUUUCAUCCAUCUCUWCCUCAACUUUUUCCUCUCAGUUGCMUCUCUCUAUUYUCUCUGUCUCUCUCUUCCGMUCUCUCUCUUUGUAAUAUUCUACAUUCACCUCUGCUACCUGUGGUCUCACUAUGAGUGGUAAUCUGUGGACAGAGGAGCAGUUCAACUGUCCUGUGUGCCUGGACCUCCCCAAUGAGCCAGUCACCAUCCCGUGUGGCCACAGCUACUGCAAGGGCUGCAUCAAGGACUACUGGAGCAAGGACGACCCUCGCUCCCCUGGAGUCUACAGCUGCCCCCAGUGCCGCCAGACAUUCUGUCCCAAGCCCUCCUUGUCCAGGAACACCAUGCUGGCAGAGGCCGUGGAGCAGCUCCGCAAGGGGGCCCUCACCACCUCCGCCAGGGAGUCCAUCCGGAGCGCCCACCGUGCCAACACCAUGGGUAGAGCCAAGGGAGGUUCCCGUGGUGGUGGUGUCAGCCAGCUGCCAGCCAUGGCCGUGCCCUGUGACACGUGCCACGGCGCUGGAGACCAGCGGGCUGCGGUGAAGUCUUGCCUGGUGUGUAUGGCGUCCUACUGCGAGGCCCACCUGAAACUGCAUCAGACGAAAGCGGAGUUGAAAAAGCAUGAGCUGAUUGCGCCCACGGGCAAGCUGGCGCAGAAGAUUUGUACCGAGCACAAGUACCUGCAGGAGUUCUACUGUCGUCAGUGCCAGAUGUUUGUGUGCUGGCUGUGCACCAGUAACCAGCACAAGGACCAUGAGACCACCUCCACCAAGGCAGAGCGCACGGAGAGACAGACAGGGUACAUGAUGACACAUGAGACGGUCCUGUCGGAGCUCCAGCGCUCGGUGAGAGGCUCCCAGGAGCUGGUGGAGGGUGUGAUGAAACAGGCUGGGCAGGAGAAAGUAAGCGAGGCCCAGGACGUGUGGACAAGCUGCGAGGCCGAGAUCGCUGAGCUGAAGAGGAGAGACAAGGACAUGAAGGAGGUGUUCCGCUGUGAAGACAACAUCCACUUCCUGGAGACCUGUGAGUCUCUGUGCAGCCCGUUUGAGUGUAAUGGAUCUGUCGUGUGUGGUGGCCAAUCCAGAGGCUACUUUGAGCCUGUACGUGAAGCCAUCCUGAACCUACGGGAGAGAGGGGAGGACAUUGCAACGUGGAACUGGCUCCACACCACUGUCUCCGUGGCGGUUCGAGGUCCUAACUCACGUGCCAGAGAGGCAGCCCCCAGACCAAGCACCAGAUCUAGUCCCACUCAGAGCCGGAGAAAGCCAGCCAGAAAUAGCCCYACCCAAAGUCGAAGAGAGACGCGCAGACGCAGUCCCAGUCCCACUCCAAGUCGUACAGAGCCAGCCAGACCCAGUCCCAGUCCAAGUCGUAGAGAGCCAGCCAGACCCAGCCCUACUCCCAGCCGGAGAGAGCCAGCCAGACCAGAACCCACCACCACCCCUACCCCCGGUGCUGUUACCCAAGCCACCCCAGCCUCAGGAGCUUUCAGCCGGAUGGGCUCCAUAGCAAGUCUCUUCCGCUCCCAUCGACGUGCCACACCGGCACCUGGGCCAGUCAACAACAACACUGGUGGAGUUAACCCAUGGGGGAUGGGUGCACUGACUGAAUCCCAACCYGAAGUGAAUARCAGCCUUUUCCUGGAURCGCCGACCCCUGACCCCAUCAUGAACCAGAUGCCAGCUUUCCCUGCAUUGAGGGAGAUAGACAUCUCCAGCAUCCAGGCCCCAGAGCCCAGGAGCAGAGAGGAGUUCCUGCAGUAUGCCUGUACCCUGACCCUAGACACGAGGACAGCCCACCGGCGUCUGACCCUGUCGGAGGGCAACACCAAGGCAACCCUACAGGGGGCAGGGCAGCCCUACCCAGACUGCCCCCAACGCUUCGACGGCUGGACCCAGGUGCUGUGCCAGGCCCCCCUUUCCGCCSAGCGAUGUUACUGGGAGGUGGAUUGGCGGGGGAAGGGGUCAUCAAUGGGCGUGGCUUAUGGAGCCCUGAGCAGGAAGGGGGCGGACGCCAGGGCYGGGCUUGGCUACAACGCCCAAUCAUGGAGCCUGGAGCUGUCYGAUACGUGUUGCACGGCAAUGCAUGACAAUGAGAAGAGGGACAUCCCGGUGACGUACUCGCCGCGUCUGGGGUUGUUCCUGGACCUCAACGCGGGCACCCUGGCGUUCUAUAGCGUGGCGGAGAGCAUYGGGCACCUGCACACGUUCCGUGCCAACUUUACACAGCCACUGUAUGCAGCCUUCGGGGUGGGUAGUGGGGUUGGUGUUGGACUGGACUUUGCUCUGGGUCAGUUCAGCCAGACAUCCACAGCAUCAAGAUCUGCCCCAUGUGACGAGACCUACGACCUCUGUAUAGAUCUGCCCCAUGUGACGAGACCUACGACCUCUGUAUAGAUCUGCCCCAUGUGACGAGACCUACGACCUCUGUAUAGAUCUGCCCCAUGUGAUGUGACCUACGACCUCUAUCACCGCUUUAUAUGACAUAAUUUAACAAGAAUCAGUUUGUUUCCUAAACAUUUACAAAACAGCCCCAGUGCUGCACUUCUGACAAACAAAUUACAUACAAACACUAAUAGAAGACUGAACUGACAAAUGGUGUGGGGUGUAGUGUGUACGUAUACACACACACAUCCAUUAGUUAUAAGACAAUAAAUAUAAGACAACCAAA